AUGGCAAAUAAAAUACUAGAUCCAAUCUUUAGAUUAUACGAUCCGUUUCUUUAUUCGUUUAACAAGAAAAAAGAGGAUUAUAUUAUAAUCUCACCCACUGUUGGUUCUAAAUCCCAACUGAAUGAUGGUGGUAGAAUUACCUUUGAAAUAAAUUCAUUAUCGAAUUGGUUGCUUCUUUCCGAUGCUUAUUUCAGAUGUGAUUUCAAAAUUAAAGAUGGAACUCAGAAAUUAGAAAUAACGAAUCUCCAACUUUUCAUACCCGUAAUAACACCAUCAAUUGAAGUAGAAACGAGAAUAUUCAACUCAUUAACUAAAGAUAUUGAAAUAGCUUUUCUUCAUCGUAAUACAGUAGGUAGCAUGACUUUAACUGGAGAAUCCACUACAUGGCCAAUCACUAACACUAUUAAACCAGCAAGAUAUUUAAUGGUUGGUUUCAAGAACUUAGCAGAUUCUCAAACGAAUAACAAUAAUGUCUUCAGAGUGGCAAUGAACCAAACUCAAGAUCCUUUAAUCCAUAAAGUUCAAGUAAGAUUAAACAACAAUAAUUAUCCUAACCAACCUUUAACAAUUAAUCCAACCACAAAGGAUUAUAAUGAAUUGUAUAGAAACUAUAAAAACAUGUGUGAAUUAUUUAGAAAUCCACCUCAGUUUUAA